AUGGAGUACCUAUAUACGAGUGUCUCUGCCAUUGGCUCAGUGGUGACCAGAGUGACCAAUGAAGUGUUUCGGACAAUUAAGGACACUGAAUGGACAUGGGUCAAGGAUGUCCAGCACUCGGUGGAAGAGGGCUUAAGAUACACUUGGACGGGGGUGCAGAGUUUGACAGCUGAAGGUGUCUGUUUUGCAUCGGUUCAGUACCAUACAGUCAAGCUGUAUGUGAACACCAACUGGCCACUGUGGCUGGCCUACAUCAGGGGACUGCUCUCCCUUGUCUUCAACCAGAAGACAAUUGUGGGUUUUACAUGUGUGGUCAUGAUACUCAGCAUCUUGAAAAUUAUCUAUAAUGUCAUAAUGCAAGUAUCUACCAAAUUGUCCAUGAAGAGAGGAAAAUAUUACAACAUAAAUUACAGCACCAUGACUAUAUUUGAUCUAGCAAAGACAGCAUAUGUUAAAGGGCAUACAGAAGCAGUACUGGACAUGCUACACAGACACAACUAUGAUAUCAAUUAUAGACUGCCUGCCAAUGGGCUCUCCUUAUUUCUGUGUGCCUGUCUCAGUGGAGAAGGAAAACUGAUUGAAUAUUUAUUGAACCAUGGUGCUGAUCCCAGUCUACUGACAGAAGAAGGGGACUCAGCACUGUAUCUGGCCACAUUUGGAGUCCUCAACACACCACAGCCUGACUUGACAGUACUAGAAAUGCUCAUACAGGAAGGCUGCGAUGUAAACCACCAGAACAAUAAAGGCUACACAUCCCUCCACAGAGCAGCAAGCAGGGGGAACAUAGAGAUGAUUGAAUACCUACUGCAGCAAGGAGCGGAUGUCAACCUCUUCAGUAAAUCUGGAGUGUAUCCUAUGGACAGUGCCGUCAAUGCAGGUCACUUGGACGCGGCAGAGUUACUAAAGACCGAUCUUCCCGAGACGUACGUCACACAGCGCGUGGACGACCUGUUCACUCCGCCAAGAAUACAGAUGGGGCUGCAGUCGCCCUGCAAGACACACCUAGUCGAGUCCAACGUGCGCAGACGAUCUGUGCAACUGUAAUUCCCUGGGUCCACGUAUAAUGUUGGGGCAAGCCGAGAGAUUAAUUAUACUAUAACAUUUAUUGGAUUGCAAACAUUUCAGCAUGGCCUUACUAAGGAACGAGCAAAGUUUGUGGAAGUCAACAUGUUCAAAUUGACGUUAAAGGUGGCAAGAUUAUCAACUCCAUCAUAAAACACUUAGAACUUACUUAGGAAAUUUUAUUCACUAAACAUUGCUGUAAUUCAGGUAGGAAAUUAGAAUAAUUUUAAAACACUUAUAACGUACUAUAGAAUGUACAUGUACAUAUGGGACAGUGUAGCGUACAUGCGUUGGACACGGGAACGAAUCGAUUUACGAACAACCUUUUGGAACGCAAUUGCAACCUGUUCCUACUCUCCAUUCGUGGCCACUUGACACUUGAAAUUUAAAGUUUUAGUAGUGAUUUUCUUUGUGACAUGACACUAUUGCAUUAAUUAUUUAAAAGACACAUUUUAUAAGCGUACUUGAUGCGUCUUUUUAAUGGAGUAAUAUUAAAAUACUCGCGGGGGUCUAUUGCAAGUGAUCCUUAAUCAUAAUUUAUUUAUCGCAUUUUGAGCAA